CCUUCUGCGCUCUGCGCUCUGCAGCUGCGCUGGGACGUUCGCGGGCGAAAAGUUUUUUCUUGUUUCUUUUUCUUUUGCAACAUUUUAUUUUAGCUUCCGAACUCCUGCCUCCCCACUUCCCCCUUUUCUGUCCCUCGCCUCCUUUGCAAAUCCUCUUCUUUUUCUUUUUGGAAAGCAGAGGAAACUGGGGCAUUUGCUCCUUCCCCACCCACCGGGAGCCCAGGACGAGUUUUAUAGCUGGAAACUUUUCUCUUCUCUUGGUCUGGGGGAGGAAGAGACCCCGUCCAGGAAACACGUCCCGGUGCCACUCUGGCGGGGCAAUUGCCCCCUCCCCUUCUCCUCCUCCUCCCCCGCCCCCAUUUGCCUCUGCCAGGGGAGGGGGGCCUUGUUGAUUGAUUCUGCGCCCCAUCAUUCCCGAUCCCCGAGUAUUUGGCUACGGGACGCCGAGCAGCUGACGGAGCGAAAGGAGAAACUUCGGCGUUUUCCCUGCAAGGAAGGAAAGGACAGUGAUUAUUCCCGGAAGCCUUAACACGGCAAGUGCACUAAUUCAAGAGCAGGACACAGACCUCAUGAAGAUACAACCAUGGAUGAGGAAGAAGUUCUUAAUUCGAUUAUGAAGGAUCUCGCCGCCCUGGGCAAAUGUGGUGGUUUUUUAGACAGCAACCGGAAUAAGAAUCAUUCAAACAAGCAGUUGCGGAAUGCUAGGAUCAAGUUUGAGCAUGAUGGAGAAAAAAGGAUUAUACAGUUCCAGAGGCCGGUUAAAUUCAAAGAUGUUUUGCAGAAGGUUAUGGAUGCUUUUGGGCAGUUGAUGGAUUUGCAUUAUGCUGAGAAUGAGCUCCUGAUUCCCCUGAAAUCGCAAGAAGAUUUGGAUCGAGCUGUGGAACAUUUAGACGUUAGCCCUUCUCUCAAAAGCUUGAGAGUGUUUGUGAAAACUCCAAAGGAAACAAAUCUUCUGCAACCCAACAACACCAAGCAGCAUGAAAUGAGGAUAUCUAAAUCCAUGGGAGAUAUUCUGGGAUCCCUGUAUAAAGACACCGAGAGGACACGGAAACAUUCAACAGGAUCUCUGCACACCGGGAGGAGUUCUCCGCCACCUGGGAGUGUUCCUGAAGAGCAACAGCAGAUUGCUCGGCAGGGAUCCUACACCAGCAUCAACAGCGAAGGAGAAUUUAUCCCCGAGACCAUGGACCCAAAUUUGUUGGAUCCAUUUAUCAGCCCAAACCACUCGCUUUCUAGCAGUUGUCAGUCCCUGGACCGAUCUGUAGACAGUCCUGCUUUCAGCAAAACACCCGUUUCAAGGAGGAAAAGAGAAACCAAAGACAGCUUCGAGUCCUUGGAUUUCAAUGUCCCGUUUUGUGACCGAGGAAAAGGCGGCACCUUCCCAAGGCAGUAUCAUCUCUCCCAGAGUCGCAAGGACUACAAUGAUGGCCGCAGGACAUUUCCUAGGAGUUACGCUCCUCCUGAGAACCUGUUCCAGCUUCUGCCUUCCAGCCGAACCAAGAGUUUCAACGGAGACAGCAAGUUAAUCACCAUGCGGUACGAGGAACGGGGGAACAACAAGUGGUGGCACAAUUGCGACAAGAUCUUUGAAGGCUUCAGCUCUCCGUCUCCCAAGGCCAGGAACACGCUGCAGGCCCCAGUGAAUUGGAGGCUUGGGAAGCUGUUGGGCCGAGGAGCUUUCGGAGAAGUCUACCUUUGCUAUGAUGUUGACAUUGGACGGGAGCUGUCUGUGAAGCAGGUGCCCUUUGACCCCGACAGCCAAGAGACCAGCAAAGAAGUGAAUGCCUUGGAGUGUGAGAUCCAGCUGCUUAAAACUCUCCGCCACGAGAGGAUAGUACAGUAUUACGGCUGUCUCCGCGAUCCGGAAGAAAGGAAACUGUCUAUCUUCGUGGAAUAUAUGCCUGGGGGUUCAAUCAAAGACCAGCUAAAAGCCUACGGGGCUUUGACAGAGAAUGUGACUCGUAAAUAUACAAGGCAGAUCCUACAAGGCGUCUCCUACCUCCACAGCAACAUGAUUGUACACAGGGACAUUAAAGGUGCCAACAUUUUGAGAGAUUCUGUCGGGAACAUUAAACUAGGAGACUUUGGGGCCAGCAAACGCAUUCAGACGAUCUGCAUGUCUGGGACGGGUAUAAAAUCUGUCACGGGAACUCCCUACUGGAUGAGCCCAGAGGUGAUCAGCGGAGAAGGCUACGGAAGGAAGGCCGACGUGUGGAGUUUGGGUUGCACCGUGGUAGAAAUGCUGACCGAGAAGCCACCCUGGGCCGAAUACGAAGCCAUGGCCGCCAUCUUCAAGAUUGCGACCCAGCCCACCAAGCCUCAGCUUCCCGACGGCGUUUCGGAGUACUGCCGCAACUUUCUCAAGCUGAUCUUUGUGGAGGAAAAGCGGAGGCCCACCGCGGAAGACCUUUUGAGGCACCCGUUUGUGAACUUCAGCCUCUAGCAGCGGUUGGAAGAGGAGGAGGAAACCAAAGACUUCGUGCCUAAAGAAAAGGUGUGAAUGACGACGGAGACCUGUGUGGUUCUCCGUUCAGCCUCACUUGGGGCUGCUUCUCCCUGAGCUGUGUAGUUUUCUUAUCAGCCUCCUUGGCUGGGUCUUAUCGUGCCUUUAGGCUGAACCUCCAUCCGUCUUGAUCCUUCUGGAUCACGGGUCUCCAACCUUGGCGACUUUAAGACUUGUGGACUUCAACUCCCAGAGUUCCUCCACAAGUCUUAAAGUCGCC